CCCGUUUUGCCCCACUGGCAACAAUUGUUGCCAAAGUUUAUCACUGUCAUUUUCGACUCACAAUAAAAAAUCUCAAAGGUACUAAUGCAACUUUUUCCACUUAUAUGCUAGUAGACAACUUAGACAAAGGUUUUGAUUUUUAAAAAAUCGUUUCCAAGUGCUUCCUAUCGCAUGACAUCAUCUGCUUCCCGCUCUUUCUGGCUGAAGACAUGGCGGAUGCAAAUCAUCCUGGAAAGAGGUAAUUUUCAUAAAUUUCUUAUGACUUUCCCCCCAAACAUAUUUAUAAUUAUUUAAUCAUUCAAGUCUCUAGAGUAACCCUCCCCAAAAAAAUUGUACCUAGGAUAAAUAUUUUUUUGUUCAUGGGCUUAUUUCUGUGAGUGGCAACAAAAGUUGCCAGUGGGCACAUAGCAUGUCGCUAACUAAAGGAAAACACUGUCUGCAGGAUUGCUCCUAAUUUACUUAUUUUAAAAUUGUAGAAUGAUGUACAUUGGCUCAUUUUAGUCCUUUUAGAAUAAUUCCUAGCUAAAUAAAUUCACAUUUUUAAGCAUCUAAAUGACAUCAACAACGCAAUCCCGAUAGCAGAACAUGUGGCAGUAGAUGAGAUGAUGAUUGAGUAUUUUGGAAGGCAUGGGUGCAAACAGUUUAUUAGAGGGAAGCCUAUUCGUUUUGGGUAUAAAAUAUGGAGCUUAGCAUCCUCCUCCGGGUUUGUCCAUCAGAUGGAGCCAUAUGUAGGAAGCCACACACAUCUGGUGGAAACUGGACUUGGUCAGGGUCCAAGUGUGGUUCUUGGCCUGGCAGAGAAAGCUGAAGUGCCACCUGGAGUCAAGUUUUACCACGACAACCUCUUCACAACCCUGUCCCUGGUGGAUGAGAUGACCCUGAGAGGCUAUGGCAGCUGUGGCACGAUGCGACAAACUCAGCUCCAUAACGUUCCCUUCACAGCACCCCAGACCUUCAAGAAGACACCCAGAGGAGAUGCUGAGUAUCUGGUUGAGGCAGAGAAGCUGAUUGUAAGGUGGAAUGACAACAGCGUGGUCACCGUGGUGUCGAACAUGGAGAGGGAGUUCACCGAAACUGAGGCGAAGAGAUGGAAUAAACAGAAGCGGACUAUGGACAAGGUCAGACAGCCCAAGUGUAUCCAGGACUACAACACACACAUGGGAGGAGUGGACCUGCAUGACCAGUUUGUCAGCCGCUACAGAGUCAACAUCCGGUCCAAGAAGUGGUGGUGGCCAUGCUUCAGCUGGGCCCUGAACAGUGCCAUGGUGAACAGCUGGUGCUAUUACAGGUCCUGGAAAAGCGGGGAGAAGGAUCUCCUCUCCUUCCAGAGGCUGGUAGCCCAGACCCUCCUCCUGCGCCAUGGAACAAAGCCAAGUAGGCAGGGCAGAAGAUCUUCAGUGGCGGUGGCGAUAACUGAUGCCACCAGGUUUGAUAAUUUGAACCACUGGCCCUGCAACACUGGUAGCAGGUACAAGCGAUGCAAGAACUGCGGCGGACGCACAUCAUUUGCGUGUGGAAAGUGUGAUGUGCCACUACAUGUGGAGUGCUUCAAGAAGUACCACACUGAGUAGAACAUGCAUGAAAGAUGAUGGAAUGUAUGGGAAGAAAUAUGUUAUAUAUGUAUAUAUGUUUUUAGAGGUUCUAAGAAAAAAAUGUUUGUUGAGUUUUUGAGUAUAAAAAAAUUGAGAAUAAAGAAAUCAGUUCAAAUUGUUUGAUGUUUUGAAUUUUAUACAGGGGGAACCUGAGGCUCCACCUUUUUGUUAUUAUUUAUUAUGACUAUAUUAUUAUUUUGUUCUUAUUAUAUUAUUAUUAUUACUUCUCUAUUAUUAUUAUUAGGUGACAUUUGACCUAGUGACAAGCUGUGUGACUACUGGCAACAAUUGUUGCCAGUCAUAAAAAUGCUAUUUUCUUCAAAAAAAAAGUACAAAAUGGAAAAAAUAAAUACAUAACAUGAUUCAGAGGGACUCAACUGAUAAAAUGAUAUGCCUUACAACUCUGAAAAAAAUCUGGGCACAAACGGGUU